CGCAUACGGACGACAACAACGGAGCAGGAGUUAACGGGGGAUUACCGACAUUGUUUAUCGAAUAUCAAAAUAUAACAAGAAAACGGCAUGUCCUUUCAGCGGAGCUACAGCAAGGUCUGGUGGGGAUCCGACAGCCAGGAACACUCUUCGCUGCCAUCGCUCUCGUCUCUAACCAGCGGCGGGUUCUAUUCGCAGUCCAGCAAUAGCAACAGACAGCCCUCGUCCCUGCUGGGCAACCUGUCCUGCAUCCAGGAGGUGGAGGAUGAGCAGAACAUCUCCAAGACAUCGUCGUGGCACAAACAGGACAGUCCCGGCAGUCUGCGCAGUCAGGAUUCGGGAUUCUCGGACAAUGAGGAGUCCCACCAGCUGCUGCUGCAGCAGCAACUGCAAAAGGAAACACAACAAGAACAGCAAACACCCACGGCUUCGCCCGGCUCCGUCCAUUCCGUGGCCACGCCGCCCACUGUGGUCCGGAGGGUGGGAAACUCCUCCUUCUACUCACCGUUGAUCAGCGUUACGCGCCGCAUUUCGUUCACUAGUGGACAGAGGACGCCCAAGGCGACCACAGAGGCAGACGCCGAGCUGGAGGCCAGCCGCAGUCGCCUGUUUGAUCAAUUGGACAGCCUGAAGCUGGACGACGAUGCAGAGGAGGAGAAAAACACAGCCACCGAGUCGAGCACGCCGCCACGUCCGGCCAUUCGGCGCCGCAGGCGGUUGGCUCGGAAGCCCAAGCCCGAGCCGGAAGAGCUCUCGGCCAGCGAGGACGAGGAUGUAAAGGACCCGCUGCCGCCGUACAACAACGAGACCGUGUAUCUGGGCGAGGCCCCGCCGCCGUACAACAAUGAGACAGUUACCUUUGGUGGCAGCGGCGACCCGGAGGAGACUCUGCUCCCUGGCCUGCUCUCCCCCCUGCGCGUGCACUCCUCAGUGCGCUUCACGGCCAGCACGAGCACGCCCAAGACCAGAAGCAAGCAACCGAAGAUGGGGCACAGAGCUCAGACCACGCCAGUGGAGAGCUGGAUGGCCGGUCAGCGCUGGAACGUGGACCAGGAGGUGAUGUGCACCCUCCAGCACAAGUCCAUCGCCCAGGAGGCGUACAAGAACUUCACCAUCACCACCAGUGCCGUCUCAAAACUGGUCCGUCAGCUGCAGCAGCAAUCGCUGGCCCUGCAGGCGCACUUCGAGCGCAGCGAGCGAGUGCUAGGUGGCCUGCAGGCCACCACCCUGCCCGAGGCUCUGACCGGAGCUGGACAGCUGUUGGGCCACCUCGACGACUUCGUUGGCACCCUGGAGCGGCGGGCCAUCUUCUUCAACGAGACGCGGGUGGAGCGACGGCGCUACGAGCAGCAUCUCGAGCAGAUCCGCACGGUGAGCCGGGACGCGAGGUAUUCGCUGGAGCGGCAGCACUACAUCAGCCUGGAGUCGCUGCUGGAGGAUGUACAGCUGCUGAAGCGGCACACCCUGAUCACGCUGCGCCUGAUCUUUGAGCGGCUUGUGCGUGUCCUGGUGCUGAGCAUCGAGCAGAGCCGCUGCGACCUCCUGCUGCGGGCCAACAUCAACAUGGUGGCCACCCUGAUGGGCAUCGACUACGACGGCUUCGCCUCGCUCUCGGACGCCUUCGUCCAGAACGAGGCCGUGCGCACGCUGCUCGUCAUCGUGCUGGACCACAGGCAGAGCUCCGUGCGCGCCCUCGCCCUCCGUGCAUUGGCCACUCUCUGCUGCGCGCCCCAGGCCAUCAACCAGCUUGGCGGCUGCGGCGGCAUCGAGAUCCUGCGCGAUAUCUUGCAGGUGGAGGCCGCUGGGGAGCGCGGCGCCAUCGAGCGCCGCGAAGCAGUCUCUCUGCUGGCCCAAAUCACGGCCGCCUGGCACGGACCCGAGCACCGGGUGCCCGGGUUAAGGGACUGCGCCGAGUCCCUCGUGGCCGGACUGGCGGACCUGCUCCAACCCGACUGCUGUGCCCAGACCCUGCUCCUGUGCGCUGCGGCCUUGAACAACCUGAGCCGCAUGGAGGUCACCUCCCACUACUCCAUCAUGUCCAACGAGGCCAUCUUCCGGCUGAUAGCCACGCUGGAGGACCAGAGUUGCGGCAUUAGUGUGUUCCUCUAUGAGCAAAUCGUUGGGAUGCUGCACAACAUGUCGCUGAACAAGAAGUGCCACAGCCACUUGGCCAACGGCACCAUCAUAAAUUUCAUCACGUCCGUUUACCAAACGGAAUUCUACAAGACCUACGGAUCACGUGCCGAAUGCGAUGCCCAGCGCCGCAGCAUCAAGACCAUUCUGCACACUCUGACGCGUCUGGCCCACGAUUCGCCCACCCUGGGCGCCGAGCUCCUGGAGCAGUGGCAUCUGCCCGAUUUGCUGCGUCAAUCUCUGGCCCUGCCCAAAUCCUCUGCUUCCGCCUUCACCUCCCCUGCUGCUGCUGCUGCUGCUGCUGCUGCCGCCGCUUCUGCUGGUCAGUUGGAUGGCAGCUACGCAGGGGAUAUAUCGCAAUUGGCGCGACAUUUGCUCAAGGCCCAUCAGCAGGAGCAGCUGCUGUUGGUCAGCGGAGCCCCAGCCACAGCCUCAACCUCAGCCACGGCCACAGGAACCUUCAGCAGUGGCCAUCAGACGCCCGAGGCACAGACCAGUUCCAGCUCCAAUUGCAGCGCAAACUCUACUUCCAAUUCGGCUUCGAGUGCCAGAACGAAGGCGUCGUUGUCGUCGUCGUCGUCGUCGUCGCUGCUCAAAUUCAAUUUAACACGUCAGGAGAGUUUCGUCUAGUUUUCACCACCUGAGGAGGAGGUACCCGGACCCGGGCACGUCCUUCGGACAGAAGCAGGAAACUCAGACGUGCGUCAAGUGUUAUUACUUUGUCUAGGAAGUUGCGUGACCCGUUUGGUGCCCCUCUCUGGACUCUUGGUCCUCCGCGGAUGUGGACUUGUGGAUGUAAACCAAGUAAUUUUUAUAUUUCCACUCAAGCAAGCAGAUCCAAGGAGAGCCACAGCGAGAGAGAGAGGGAGAGGGGAUUGCCAGAAUAAAUAGAAAUACAAUUUUUUGUUUAGUUUUCGUUUUUUUUUUCUCCGAAUUGUUUCUGGAGCAACACUUUGGUAUUUUUGUGAGCUUAAAGCAAAAAUGCUCUUAAAGUGCAUUCCUCUGUCUCUGUGGAUGCCUAGAUUUUCGUUUUAUGUUUUAUUCAAUGCAAAUGCGAACUUUGACAUUUUGAAUUCUCAUUGUAAAUAUUUCCUUAAGGCCACUCCCUCCACCCCAAACAACCAACCAACCAUCCACCCUUCCUCCCAUACGGCUGGCAACUAAAAAACCAAAAACCCAAAAAAUUCCUUAGUUAUAUACGUACAUAUGUACUCUAAGAUAUUCUUUGUGCCAAAUACUAUGGAAUAUGAGUCAAGAAAUUCCAACCAUUCAUUUGUUUUGUACUUAAAGCAAUUCUAUUGCAUAACUUUGUAUCAUAAAUACCAGAUAUAUAUACGAAUAUUGUAUUGCAUUUUUGUACUCCCUACCGCCCCGGCAUGGGGCGUUUUGUUUAAGUCUAUUAUUACGCUUUGAUUACUUUGUAAUUUCAUCAACGGAAUAAAUCUUUGACACGUUUAAAGUGGAAACUACUGCUAUUGUUGCAAGGCUACUAAA